AUAAACACCACACACACACACACACACACACACACAAGUGUAUAGGCACACACCCUCUUGCGCAUGUUGAUUUAUGGAAACAAUUAUGAUCCCGUCGCAGUCUUCUCUGAGCUAGGAAAGUUUGGAGCUACAGUAGAGAGCCUCUCAUGUUGCAAAAGGCAAACAGCAGAAAUGGAAUACUUGUGUGUCCGGCUGUUAUCAACAGGAGCAACACGAGCAGCGAACACGAGUAGCGAAGGAAGUUACAGCAGCCGAGGGUACUGCAACCUGUUUCUUUGAAGGAAAUCCCGGACAGAGGAUAUUUAAAGGGCCGAUUCUCUAUAAUAGAACCGAUAUUUGAAAAGAAGUUUUGUUGUUUUCUGGGUUUCUUUGUUUGUUUGUUUUUUUUUGUUUGUUUGCAAGAGGAAGCACAGUUGCUGGUUAAGUCACUUUACAAAUCCAGGGAAAAACACAGGACAGGUCAAUGACCAAGGAACGCUGAGCUACUGAAGACGGAUUUUUUUCAUUAUGUUGUUCGUGAGCACCCAGAACACUGCACUAUAAUGCACAAAUGGAUAUUGACAUGGAGCCUGCCAACUUUGUUCUACAGAUCCUAUUUUUACAUUAUCUUCCUGGUGGGCGCUCUAUCCUUAGCUUGCAAUGACAUGAACCCAGAGCAAAUGGCUACGAAUGUGAACUGUUCCUCCCCGGAGCGACAUACUAGAAGCUACGAUUAUAUGGAAGGGGGGGACUUGAGAGUCAGAAGGCUGUUCUGCCGAACUCAGUGGUACGUCAAGAUCGACAAAAGGGGCAAAAUCAAAGGAGGACGAGAUCUUAACAGCAACUACAGUAUUCUCGAAAUACGAACGGUGGCGGUUGGAAUAGUGGCAAUCAAAGGAGUCGCAAGUGAAUACUUUCUAGCUAUGAACAAGUCUGGGAAGCUUUAUGGAAAGAAAGUGUGCAAUGAAGACUGCAACUUCGUAGAACUCAUUCAAGAGAAUCACUAUAACACCUACGCUUCAGCAAACUGGACUCACAAGGGGAAAGAAAUGUACAUCGCGUUAAAACAGAAUGGAGCCCCUAAAAGAGGCCAGAAAACAAGCAAAGAAGACACUUCCUCCCAUUUUCUUCCAUUUACAAUAUCCUAAUCUUAUAUGAACUAUGGACAACCAGUUCCAGCAAAAUAUAUAUAUUUAUAUAUCAAAUGAGAUAUAGAUAUAUAGAUAUAUAUGUAUCAUUUGAAAAAGGGACUGUAUGAAAGGAAGACAAGCUGGAAUACUACUGAAAAACUGAACAAGCUGGACUUGAGCACGAUGUUUUAUUUUUAAGAGACUGGCUUUAAAAAAUAAAUAAAUAAAUAAAUAAAUAAAUAAAUAAAUAAAUGAAAAUAUACACUACUUCAGAUUUAGUAACUAAAAGUUGUAAAAAAUUGUAAAGAGUUGUACGAUCCUUACGUUAGCAUAAGAGUAGCUUUGCAGAUUCUUAAAUUAAAUGUACCCUUUACGCCUUGUUCACGACUUGAUUAUCUGACGAUCUUUUAUUUAAAAUAAACCUAUCUGCUUCGUUAAACAUGGCUGCUAUAAUAAUAAUAAAGCAGAUGAAAAAUGUUAUGUAAAAUAUGAUGGACUUGAUGGCUGCUGGAUUAAGUCUUCAGAUGAUCAAGUCAGUACGAAUCGUGAAGGCUAAGCAGUAUUAAAUACUUCCCGGGAAAAAAAAUGAAAAUAAAGGUUUUAAGUAUUAAAGCAAAUUGAAAUUGGAACGCUGUGGUAUUCAAGACAAUAAAGGUAAUAUGACAGAUGAAAGUUGCAUCACUGCAAUGUAUUCAUAUCUAUCAGAAAGAAUGCCUAAUGCUGCUCUGAAAGAUGUUACAAAAUAGUGUAAUAUUAAAUAAUAUUAAUAAGGGAAAUGUAUUUCAUCUCACUUUCCUCAAAAUAUCCUUUUAUGUAACGAUGAAGUUAAAAAAAAUUCAGACAACAUCAUAUGGGUUUUUAUGUAACAUAACCUAAUCUUUUUAUAUAAUUCCUGUUUGGGCAUAUGGCUUCUAAGUUUUUUUUUUUCUUCCAACCGAUAUUCAUGCUUUUCUGUGGUUACAGCAUUAAACUUUAUUUUAAGUUAUAA